CGUGGGGCGGCGGCAACGAGGCCGGAGGUCGGCCAACGUGUCUACCUCAUCCAUGCUCCCUACUCGAAUCCUGCGUGUUCCAUCCAUUUGUUUGUAACCAGCUGCGUAGAGUGGUGGGCGAUAGUGAGUAUGCUAGUGCUCUUUGGCGAUCACUGCCACUUCAAGGAUGGUGGACUUAGGCAGCUGUUCCUCGGACGAUACUAAGAACCGAUUCGUCUGCCCCAACGAUCGGCAAUUAUCCCUCAGAGCUAAAUUGCGAACAGGAUGGAGCGUAAAAACGGCCACAGUAGGAAGUUACAAAGCCAAUCAUCAGCCGGCAAUAGAUCAAGAGGAACAAGAAGCCAUAAUAAAAGUUAUCAAAAGGGCCGAACAGGUGGAUCAGAUGGAACAGGAGAGGGUUGGAAGGUUAAUGGAAAGGUUAGAGAAUAUGAGGAGAAACGCACUGGGAAAGAACACCAAUCAAUGCAUCCUUUGCGGCGAUACCUUCGGCAUUUUGGGAGCACAUAAAUUGAGGUGUAACGAUUGCAAGCAGCUUGUCUGUAAUAAGUGUUCAAUAGGAAACACGAAAUCAAAUCCGUUCUGCAUGAUCUGUGCCGAAACCAGAGAGAUCUGGAAGAAGUCUGGAGCCUGGUUCUUCAGAAGUUUACCAAAAUACAUAUUGCCAGAAUCCCAGCGUAAUUUUGGGGCCACGUCGAAGCGCACUGGGAGUUUCAGGAGAUUCCCAAAAGACGAUGACAGUAGCUCAGAUGAGGAACGAAAGAAUUUCAAAAUUCCUUACAAACUGGUUGAGAGUUCGCACGAUUUAGAUUCGUUAGCAGUAUCGGAACCGUUUCCGCAAUAUUCGCGGCAAAACAGUUCUUCGGAAUCGUCGCAAAUAAGCAAAGAUUUGGAUAAAACCUAUUUGAGCUGCUUAACACUGGGAGAGUUAAAGUAUCCAUACGACGAAGAAUUCAUAGAGGAGGUGGAAUCUAGUAAGAGUCCAAGACGUGGAUCCUCGACAAGCGCGGACGAGAAAGUCAAUUCUCCAUCUUCCCCAAGUAUCAACAGCAUUUCACUUCUAGACACUUCGAAUGGCUUAAUCGAUCUAUCCAUGACUUAUGAUACUUUGACGAGUACUCUUCACGUAACAGUUUAUAGAGCAAAAAACAUAUCGCCAAUGGAUAUAAACGGAUUAGCAGAUCCCUUCUGCAAACUAAAUAUUUUACCGGACGCUAAGGUUUCCACAAGGUUGAGAACGAAGACAGUAUAUAAAACCCGGAAUCCCGAGUUCAACGAGAACCUUACAUUCUACGAGAUCAGUGAGAAAGAUCUGAGCUUCAAAUCUCUUCAUGUACUGUGUUUGGACGAUGACAAAUACGGACAUGACUAUAUGGGAGAAAUCAAGAUUUCGUUAGUCAAAUUGAAAGUCCAAAACACAAUAUAUCUUACGUUACCAUUAGAAAAGAUGGCACAAGAUCCAAGAGAUUUUGAUGACCUAUGGUUGAGGGGUCAAAUUCUGUUAUCAUUAUGUUACAGCACUAAGAAACGAGCACUUCUUGUGACUGUGGUCAAAUGUUCUAACUUGUUACCUAUGGACAACAACGGAUUCUCUGAUCCGUUCGUUAAAUUACAUUUGCGCCCAGACCCUUAUCAUCGCAAACACAAAACUUCAAUAAAGUGGAAAAAUUUGAAUCCAGUCUACAACGAGGAGUUUACAUUCGAAAGUCGUCCUAACGAAUUGGCAACGCAAAGCCUGCACAUAGCUGUCUGGGACAAGGACUAUGGAAAGAGCAAUGACUACUUGGGCGGUCUCAUAGUAGGUGGACUUGGCUCAAAGGGGCGGAGACUUAAGCACUGGUUAGAUAUGAUUCGCUAUCCAGACCACAGACACGACCAUUGGCAUAAUUUAACUGAUGACCAGAUUAACGAUUGACCAAUAUGAAACAGAAGAUUAUAGCUUAUUUUUCUAUAUGUGUAAAUGGUUGUAGUACGAUUUAUUGUAGACCAAAGUUGACUUUCUAAUUAUUACUUAAUCCAUGUAAAGAGGAGAUAAUAUAGCAGUUUUAUCUUUACCCCUAUAUUCCAAAAACGAAAUCAAUCGAAAUUAAAAUAUAUAAUUUAAACAAAAAAGAAAUAAAAAGUUGUAUUUAC